AUGGUAGGGAGAGGCGAUGAAAGUAAUUAUCAAAAGAAGGCACCAAGCAGGGAAUAUUGCACUGGGGACGGCCACGAGACGCAACAACUAUCUAACAAGACGCAACAACCAUCUAACAAGACGCAACAACCAUCUAACAAGACGCAACAACCAUCUAACAAGACGCAACAACCAUCUAACAAGACGCAACAACCAUCUAACAAGACGCAACAACUAUCUAACAAGACGCAACAACCAUCUAACAAGACGCAACAACUAUCUAACAAGACGCAACAACCAUCUAACAAGACGCAACAACCAUCUAACAAGACGCAACAACCAUCUAACAAGACGCAACAACCAUCUAACAAGACGCAACAACCAUCUAACAAGACGCAACAACCAUCUAACAAGACGCAACAACGAUCUAACAAGACGCAACAACUAUCUAACAAGACGCAACAACCAUCUAACAAGACGCAACAACCAUCUAACAAGACGCAACAACCAUCUAACAAGACGCAACAAUCAUCUAACAAGACGCAACAACCAUCUAACAAGACGCAACAACCAUCUAACAAGACGCAACAACGAUCUAACAAGACGCAACAACGAUCUAACAAGACGCAACAACUAUCUAACAAGACGCAACAACCAUCUAACAAGACGCAACAACCAUCUAACAAGACGCAACAACUAUCUAACAAGACGCAACAACCAUCUAACAAGACGCAACAACCAUCUAACAAGACGCAACAACCAUCUAACAAGACGCAACAACUUUCUAACACGCCACAAAAACUUUCUAACAAGAUAUAA